AAAGGCAGCUAGUCCAUGGAUACAAGGGACGCCCGAGUGGUCGCUAUGCACAAACUAGGCAGUAAACGACUACAAGUUGGCAACAUAAUAAACCGUUUUAUGUGACCUAAUUAAUGUGAACUUGUAGUAGGCUAAAGAAGGCCUCGAAAUGAAUCUAUAAAGCACCUUUUUCUAAGUGCAUUGUAGUUAGCGUGGCUAGCUAACGCUACUGUCUCUAAUGCAGGAUGCAACAGACCCACACUUGGUGAGCUACUUUUAAAAUAACGUGUAACCAUGUAGCAGUAACAGACAGCAUUAAAAAGAACGUCAAUUGAAAAAUGUGGAAACGAGGCGGUCAAAGCUUCGCUCUGGACCGAGCUCAGGCUCUGCUGUCCGCCAAGAGGGGGUCUGCAGUACCGCUACAUACAGGUGAUAUGGGUGGGUCUGUGAAAAACAGAUCUUCUUCCCCAAAUACACACCCUUUAUUCUCAGAUGUGAGCGACCUGUCCACGGGCAGCCUAGCUCCUGAGCAUGGAGCUGACACCAUGCUGAGAUCUGCUGCUGCAGCUGGGAAGACCCAGGAAAGCGAGGGGCAUUCUACCAAGGAUCUCAGACCUCAGAGCUCUCUGGGUGGAAGAGGGAGCAGGUUCUUGAAGAAGGCUCCUCCACCUGCAACCAACAGCAGCCAGUCAAUGCAGCAGGUCCCUGAACACAGAAGUGUGUCAUCUUCCCAGCGAGGCUCCCAAACUGCUGCUUUGAGUAGACUGGCUCAAAUUGAGAGCCGCAUCCACAGCCGCAAGCAGGUUCAGGAACAGGCCAGACAGCAGGGGCCAACACCUGCUGAGAUUCUAACUUCAGACAUGGGAGCCUCUCCCCCACCAGCAGCCCGGUCCCUGGAGGCCCCGGUGCAGCUCCCAGCACAGUCCAGGAGUGACCAGAGCCUGAAGGGGAAACAUGUCCUCAAGAAUAAGACAGCUGGAGCUGCAAACCCCAGUACAGAUGUUGGGGUCCGGUCCAGGUCCAGAGCUGCUGAUGCUGUAGGUCCUCGGGCAGGUUUGGAGACGAAGCCAGUGAGAGUAGUGAGUGCUGUGAGUCUGGGGAGUGACGAAGAGGACAUGAGAAAACUGCUCGGAGACUCAUUGGAUUCCAUAGACAGAAGCUUUUUGAUACCAGGGAGACCCUCUCACAUAAGAACAGCAGACAAGAUGUUGAGCGAAAGCAGUCAGAGGGUCCACUCCUCACCUCCCCCUGCUGCUGUCCCUCCCUCAUCAUCCUCCAUCACAGCCCCUCGCUCCCCCGCCUCUCCUUCUCGCCGCGGUUCUCCUUUCCGAUUCACCGGUCAGGCUCAGGCCCACUUCAGCCCCUCCGCGCGCUCCCCCUCCCCCUCUCCUCUCAGGGUGGGGAGUCCACAGCGUUCUCUCUCCUCCAUGUCGGGCCGUGGGGAGGUGAUUUCUCUGGAGGAGCUCUUCUCUGUCGGGCCUGGCUCUGAAGAUGGCCACAGUGAGAGGAGUGCAGUUAUCUCUGAAGAUGGACAGCAAGACUUCAAGAUCAAUGUGAUGACAUUAGACGACCUUGUCCCUGCUUCCCUUGGAUUUACUGAGGAAACCCCAGGAAAGGAGAGAGAAGUCAAACACAGUGGCCAUCUUCCUAGAUCCACAAACAAACAUCAACAGCGGCCACGAUUGACGGAGAAGAAAGAAGAGGAGCAGCAGCAGAAGGACACGGUGCACUACCAAAGUGACUUUGAGAGUGAGAGCAGGACAGAGCCGGAUUACAGUGUCAGUCAGGUUUCAGAGCACCUGCAAGGAGAUGGAGGUGAAGAGGAGGUGUCGGAGGUCAGAGAGGAGGCUUUGGAUUCAGACAUGUCCCGUGGGAGGACAGAAGAUGACUACUCGAGCACUUUCUCAGACACAAGUCGCUCCUGCACCUCACGGACCUCAGAUAUCAGUCAAACAAACAGAAGCAGAUCCUCUGGCUCUCACAGCAGCAGGACCUCACCUCGCCAGUUGAGGCGUGCUUCAACUAGAAAGACUUAUAAAGAGGAAGCAGUACAGACUCAGCCUGAUCCCAUGGCUUACACUUGGCCCGCCGGGACGGCUUCUCUGGGUCCCGCGGUGGGCAUGGCUUACAUGGAUCCCAGCCCGGUGGUUGCUCAUACCCUGAGUGCAGAAAUGGUGGAAGCUCUCAGCACCUUCAACCCAGCUGUAUUUGCACUCAAUGAAAUGCUGAAGCAGCAACUUGCCAUGACGCGGCGGUUCAUCGAAAGCAGCCGACAUCUUCACUCCAGCCUGGUGCAGAGCCUGGGCCCGCCGAACUACAGAUACACCACGCUGGAGGACACCAGGGAGUACAUUCGCAAGCACAGAGCUCCCCGACUGACAAUGGAGGAAGCCUUCGAGGAGGCGCUGCAGGACAGGACAGACUACUGCUGCUGAUGCUCCUGCAUGACUGCCUUAUUAACAGAGGUUUUAUACAUAAUUAAAUCAUAUUUUUCUAUGAUACAGUAUUUGUUGUUUAUCAGUCAGAGAAUGAGCCAUAAGGAUUUAAAUGAUUUUGUAAAAUCAUGUCAAACUGUUUUAAAUUGGCGUCAAAGUUCAAAUCCUGCCUUGUGUGUAUGAAUGAGGUCGUUUUGUAAAUUAUUUGUGCGAUUUGAAUGAGCUGACUCUGGUGAAAAGCGUCAAUGCUGUCACUUUGUACAUUCAGAAGAAAUAAUAAAUAACAGUAACCUUCCUUCUGUUUAAUGCUCUGAAUAAAAUAAA